UCCUCCUUCGCUUCGCUUCGCUCACUCUCAUACUCUCGCUCGCUACUCCCAUGGCUAUGGCGACGGCGACGGCGACGGCGACGACGAAGAAGGAGAAGAAGCGCCACCGCUCCUCCCCCUUCUCCUCCGCCGACGACCUCCUCUCCGCCGCCCCCUCACUCGCCUCCUCCAGCUCCGGUAGAUCCUCCCUCAAAACCCUAAUCUGGUCCCUCCCCCCCUCCUCCCCUCUCCUCCCCCCACUCCCCUCCUCCCUCCACCUCGCCGUCUCCCGCUCCCUCGACUCCUUCACCGCCUCCCUCCGCUCUGCCCCAUCCGCCGCCGCAUCGCCGGGCCGAUCCUCCCGAUCUCCGCCGUCCAAGAGGUGGCGCCGCCCCCUCGCCGCCGCACGCGACGGAGAACCGUCCCCCGAAACCCUAGAUCAACUGGAGAACCUCCGAGCCUAUGCCUAUGUCACCCACCUCUGCGUCGCCCACCCCAGGAAGCCCUUCGCUGCCCCCGAUCUCCUCCCGGCCGUCCGAUCGCUCCACGACGGCCUCGUGCUUUACGAGAUGGACCCCGCGCUCCUCUCCCAGGUCGCCAAUCUCUGCGAGGAGUGGUGGAAGGAGAAUUUGCCCGGAAGGGAGCAAGUGAUCUCUCAGUCUCUUCCUUACUUGCUCUCGAGAUCGCUCACUUUGAGUAAGAAAACGGAUGUGAGGAGGGUUUAUGCCCUAAGAGAGGCAUUCACUUUGUUCGACUAUGUGGACGAGAGCAUAGAGGACAUGCGGCAACUUCUCGUACGAUGCGUCAUUGCACCAGUGUACUUGAAAGUGGAAGAAGGGAGGCGGUUUGUCGCGUUCACAUUAGGGUUAAGUGAACAGCUCGCAAAGGAGGCGCUGGCGUUGAUUAGAUCGCAGAUUCCGUUCGGGAGGAAGUCAGUGUUGGAGGCAUAUGGUGAUGUCCUUUUCAGGGCUUGGAAAGGGUCACAAGGAUUCCUAAAGGAGGAAAUCGAGGGUGGUUUCUUGCAAGGGUUGAUUGAAGGAGCGAUACAUGCGAGGUCUAGCUCGCUUGCCGCAUCUAUAAGGAGAAUAUUGGGUGGGUUCAUUGGUCAGAGAGCGACUGAUGGAGUUGAGAAGCUUCUCUUCCGUCUCGCAGAGCCUGUGCUAUUCCGGUCGCUGCAGGUUGCUAACUCCAAUGUUCGUCACAAUGCGUUGCAUUUACUAUUAGAUUUGUUCCCACUGGAAGAUCCGGAUGUCACAAAGGAAGUAAAGGAUACAUUGCUUGAUAAGCAGUUCUUUUUAUUAGAGAAACUUCUUAUGGAUGAUUGCCCGGAAGUGCGGGCUGUUGCAGUUGAAGGCUUGUUUCGCAUUCUCCAUAUGUUUUGGGAAGUCAUUCCUUCAUCAAGAAUUACAAAAUUUCUAACUAUGAUUAUUGACAGUAUGUCACAUGACUCAUCCAAUGAGGUGAGGUUCUCAACAGUUAAUGGUACUAUCUAUCUGCUCGAAAAUCCACAGAGCCAUGAAAUAAUGAAAGUACUUCUUCCAAGAUUGGGCUUCAUGUUCUUGGAUCCUUCUCUUUCUGUUCGAGCUGCUGUUGUUGAUCUACUUUUAGCUGUUCGUGAUAUUCGGUCAUUGCAAUUUAAUAAGGUUGUUAGUUUAGAUGUUUUAUUGUCUUCACUUGCAAAUGAUCACCCUAAAGUUGCUCAAAAAAUCACAAGGCUUCUCAUUCCCUCGUACUUCCCUUCAAAGUUGAAUGUCAAGGAGGCAUGCAGCCGUUGUGUUGCAUUGAUAAAAAGGUCCCCUGCUGCCGGUGCAAGGUUUUGUGAAUUUGCUUUGUCUGAGGGAUCAUCCUCAAGGUCCCUCAUGGAACUUCUCAAGAUCUUCAUUUGUUUAGCCCUUGCGCCCGAUGGCCUAAAUUCGGAUCUGAUUGAUGGUCUGAUUAUUGCCUCAGCCAAUAUGUCACAUGGGCUAUUGGAGAAGUCAUCUAAUAUGGAGACUCUAAAAGAGCUCUUUUCAACUGAGAAGUUGAAGUCACUGCUUACUGCAGCACCUUCUGAGCGUGCGCGCUCUGCUCUUUGGAGACUAGUUUCUCUUUUAACUCCAGAUAAUUUGACUGGAUUGCAUCAUCAUUGUAUGGAUAUAAUCCUGAAUUCCAAUGGAUUGUCAGAAAAUUUAGAUCGACAAGGACUGGUACGGGUUGUUCACAAGUUGAUGUUUUCUUCUAACUUGUCCGAUGACUUGUUUGAAGCUCUGACAAAUAUUCUACAAUCUACUGCUUCUAGAUUUAUUGAUAAGUAUGAACUGGACUUACCACAACUUGAUGUUGCAUCUUUCAAGAAGAAGAAAAUUAGAAAAGGAUUAGCAACAUCAGUCAUUCCAAACUCUGAGGAAGAGUCUGAUAUCUCAGCUGCAGCAGCCGCAGCAGCGUGGCAGAUUAAAGAGCUAUUAACCGCUGAAGACACCCGAGAAGCCACCCUCAAAUCGCCAGUCUCAGCUAUAGCAUUUUCUGCUUUGAAGAUAAUUUCCCAUGUGUUUGUUGAAGAGUGUUUGCAAUGGGAACUUUUGGAUAUGGCACCUAUCUCAGCCUACAUGUACUUUUCAAUGUACAUGUCCCUCCAGGAUCUUGAUUCAAGUGGCGCUAAGGAACUUGGUGGUGAUGUAAAUAAUGACUUACAGCAAACAAACUCUUGUCGAGAAACAGUGAUGGAGGAAUCAUUGAUUCACUUACUUGACUGCGCUGAUAAGGUCCUUAGCGAACCUUUUGCUGAGAAAACGAGCGAUUCAUCUUCGAAGUCCAAGUGUCACGAUAAAGGUCCAAAGCACCGGAAAAUCAGACAUAACGAAGCUUUGGAUGGUGAUGAGUCCAAAACUGAUGCUCAUGAAGUAAGAGGGAUGCAAAAUUUGUUCCGACUGGCCACAACAAUUCUCAAGUUUAUCGUUGACGCUGCAACAAUGAAGCUUAUCAACCAUGAUCUAUUACGGUGCUUGAAGUUUGCAUCAACUUAUGCCCGACAUGUAGUAUCUGCGAUCGAAAGGCAUAAAGCAUCUUUCGUGGGAGAAGGUUCAAAAGAGAUGCUCACUUUUCUAAAGAGCUCCUUUACCUAUGCUGCCAAGUUACUCCAUUUAGUGCUCACAAGAUCUAGUGAAUCUUCGGCACCACCACCAGGUGAGGCAUUCUAUUUAUCUAAUGAUCUCCUGGAUGUUAUUUCCUCUGUGGAAUCAUAUCUAGGCUCAAAGUUUGCAGUCAAUAUCAUUUCUGUUGCCAAGGAAUGGCUCCCAAUUCUUGUUUUGGGGCUGGGCUGCAACCAAUUAAUUAAGCCAAAUCAGAAGGGAGGAAAUGCAAAGUUACCUGACUUUAUGGGGGUUAAUUUUCCUGUUUGGUUAUCUGUUCUGAGCGAGACGGAGUUACUUGAGUUCAAUGGACUCAACCAAGAUGACCAGGAAAAUCAAAAUAAAGAGGCCAAAAGUUCGGUGUUCAAAAAGCUAGCUGAGAUGAUUGUGGUCCUCUUAAAAAAAGGAAGCCCAAAAAUAUUGGAUGCCGUGGGUGGUGUCUUCAUGGCAGGUCUUGACGUUGGUCUGGAAAGAACAGAUUCUGGCUUGGUCCUGGGUCUGGCUCAUUUUCUCUGUGUGAAGUUGCUGGAUAAGGAUUUUGCGACCCGUGGAGAACUUGAUACAAUAUACAGUUUUCUACAGGAUUUCUAUCUGCGGGUAGAAAGACGUCUUAGAGAUCAUCAUAUCAGCGAGAGCAGCAGUCAACAGUUGGAAAGCGCCAACGCUUUGAUUAGAUCGGUUUUAGAAGGCGCGAGAUGAAAUAUUGAUGGCCGAAUCGAUUAUUCCUUCGAGGCAUUAGGCUUUCUUUUGGAUCAUUUCUAAGUUGGGCAGGACUUGCUGAAUAUGUAUAUCCCCUUUUUGACGAGACGAACUGAGAAGUAUAAUAAGGAAAAAAAAAAAAGAAAAAUCUGGUCAAAGAGAGUUUUUGUAAGUGAAACACUCUUCAUCGUCCGCUCUUUGUGAGGAAGUGCUUGUUUAUGCUAGCAACAGUUUCAUUGCUUUUUUUUAUCAUUCUACUGCAGGAUGCCUCUGCCGUUGAACUUCUGCUGCAGCACUACUGUUAUGUCUAAAGCAGAAAAAGCACGUUUGUUUAAAGUCAUUUGCUUUUCCUGUCUCUUGUACAUAUACUUUCCUUCGAAUGUAAGAUCCUUGUGCUACAUUCUAUACUUUUCCAAUCUCCUUUCUUUUCGCAUCCAAAAUAAUAAACUGCGAGGUAACUUCACAUAUAUUAUACUUCGAAGAUUCUUGUUUAUUAUAUUAUAGAAACUAACUAAUAACGUGUUUAUUCAGAGAUUUUAUACAUCAUUUUAUAUUCGUAAACCAGGCUCUUUCUUCGAGAGGCUUCGUGGAGCCAUAAAUUUUCCAUUGCCGACGUGUAUGUACCAACUCAACCGCUCUAGAAGAAGGCUCGGACCUCUGCACUUGUGAGUAUCCCCUCCCCCUCUCUGUCUCUGCGCCACGUUACUUAGCCACAUAGAUCGGUAGGUUUAAAAAACUAAGUAGAGAGACCCUUUGCUUCGAUCUCCUCUCCCCGCACCAUCCCGCCCCUCUCUAUAUACAAAC